AUGGCGCAACCCCGACGCGAUGAGCCGCCCACGGCGCCAAUCAAGGCACUCCCGAUGGCUGCCUCUGUGAUUCAUGUCCCCAAGAGGGGACAGGUUCUGUCCGCGGGCAACCCCCUUUCCAUGUCGCAGAGCGACGUCUCGCUGCCCUUUCGCAGGAGCAACCCCUCGGCCGCCUCGCUCUACGCCUCGACGCUCUCACCGCCCGGCUCCCGAUCCAUGUCUCCGUCCGGCCGCGGCUCGCCGUCGCAAUACCUUGCCAACACCGUCUUCGACGUCAGCCAGGGACGCGGUCUCCCUGAAAAUGCGGCCGAUAGCCCUGGGGAGCCCCUCAGUCUGGUCCUAAGGGCCUUUGUCCCGCACGUGGCUGUGUAUCCCUCGGCAGAUACUGAAGCGCUGGUUCGCGAAAAGGGUUUCAAAAAUGGUCUAUGGGAGCUUCUUCGGCCCUUUGGGGAGAGAAUACAAGGCAAGGUUAAUGUGCGCGAUAGCAAUGGGGUGAGCCGUGUCGCAGAGGACUUCUCCAUCCGCUUUACAAAGUUCGGAGACAACAUAGAGCACCCAGACCCCGCCAUUUCUGGUCCGCGGCCGUCUUCGAUGGAUGAGAAAAACGGUCGACAAUCGGCGUCAGCCCGGGACAAAACUAUAUUGUCAGAUGUUGAAGCGAUAGUCGACAAGCACCUGACUUUUGCAGAGCAAGCUUUCCAAGCGUCCCCCAACCACGACAUUUUGAGACGGCAAGGACUCGAUGUGGAAACAGCGUCCCCUUACUACGCUUUAUAUCUCCGCCGACUACUAUCCGGCCUCCCAAUAACACCACACGAAACCUUUGCGCACCCAGUCGCCUGCGUCGUUGCGAUUAGUUCACGCAACGAAACCCCCAUCGAGGAACUGCGCCGACUGUACGCUGAAACGAACCUGGGAGACCACAGAUUGCCUCCCUGGGUUGAUGGGGAAUAUUUACGCUAUUACGUGCUCGUUCACGAUGAAGAAAACGGAGACAUUACAAGGUCUAUGGCACUGUUUGAACAGAUGAAACGACACCUUGGCCUGCAUUGCCACCUCCUACGACUUCGAUCCAGCCAAAGCGCCGAAACAGACGACGACAGCAUUCCAUUACCCCGGAGUGAUUGGAUGACUGCCGCGGAAGAGCUUCACAACAUUAAGCGCAGUGAGGAUGACGAGGAUUUCGACGACCCAUCUCAGUACAUAUUCGAAUCUGAUGCGACCGCUAUUCGCACUUUGAUCAAGGAAAUGGUCACACAGUCCAUUGUUCCCACCAUGGAAAGACAUAUGUCUGUAUGGAACGAUCAGGUGGCAUCUCGACGAAGGGGUAUUACCGGAAAAUUUAUGAACCUGUCGCGUAAAUGGACUGGAUUUGGCGGAGGCGGUCGAACAUCUGUCGGUGGCGGUGCUAGCAAUAAGGAUAUAUAUGACCCUGCUGGCUUCUACCAUGCGACUGCUGCAGAAGCCAUCAUGCGGAAAUUGGCCGACUUUGCCUUCAUGUUGCGAGACUGGAAACUGGCAUAUUCAACAUACGACUUGCUGCGACCAGAUUUCAGCGAAGCAAAGGCAUGGAAAUACUAUGCCGCAGCCAACGAAAUGGCCGCUAUCAGCAUGCUCAUGAUGCCCCAACAACUGACGUCGAAAACGCGGACAGAAACUAUUGACCAAAUGCUCGAGUCGGCUUUCUAUUCAUACCAGACCCGAUGCAGCAGCCCAUACGGCGCUCUACGGAGUCUCACACUAGGCCUUGAGCUAUUACGCCUACGAGGGGGCUCCAAUGUCGAUGACGCCGGGCGAUGGGGCCUGCGACUACUGGAGUCGCGCAUCCCGGGCCGCAUCGGUGACGCUCUCACCAAAGAACGUCUCGCCAUCUGCUACGCCUCUAAGACAGGCAUUGGCAGCUGGCACUGGGGCAGCCGCCGCCGGAAGUCGGCUGCCUGGGCCGUUUUGGCCGCCGAGGCGUGGGCGGAGCAGUCCAAGUACAUUCCUGCGCAGCGCUGCCUCAGCGAGGCGCAAAAGACAUACCGUCCGCGGACGGCGGCCGAGGGGGCGACGACGCAUUUUGCCACAGCCAUGGCCUACGUGGACGGCCUGCAGCGGGAGAUUGCGGACAGGCUCGGCCACGCAGACGACACGGCGGACGAAUCGGCGCUGGAGGAGUCGCAGAGCGAGAUUGAGGAAGAGAGCGAGGCGCUGACGGAUGAACGCGCUCGAAGACCUAGCAUGCUUGCGCGUGGCGGUUUAGAAACAGAACCUCUUCACAUGGAGCAGUUGGAGGGCGAAGUGCCUGAUGCUGCGCAUCAGCAAGACUUUGACUAA